GUAAUCAUCCACUAUUGACAAAAUUGUUUCCUUCUGUCUCCCAAUUGCUGGCAUCGCUGACAUUUCCGCUCAAGUCAAAGGAACUUUUCCAUUAACAAUAGUAAGUGACAGCUAAAUUUAAAUUUUAAAGAAAAAUUUAAAACGUUUUUUCAAUUUUCGAUCAGGAACUCCGCAUAUAUUUCUUAUUACGCUAUACAAUUAUAACAGCAAUAUAUUUUUUUAUUUGUUGCCUAUUUUCUAUAAAUAUUUAGAUAAAUAUAACAAUAUAUUUUAUACGAAAUGGAUGUUAUACAGAAAAUGGAUCAGGCGACAGUCACUGAGACGCCCAAGGCCAAGCGUCGCUCAAAGGAGAAAUUGGCUAAGAUUAUUGAGGACGCAAUGGCCGGCAAUGAUGACCUUAGCAACGCUGGGGGAGGUAAAAAGGGAGCCAAGAUACAUCUAAAACAAAAGGUAGUCCUGCUGUCGGAAGAGAACCAAAAUCUGAGCAAAGCUAUCAACGUGAAAAAUGCGGAGAUAACAGAUUUGAAGCGAUCAGUCCAAUCGCUAAAUGAGGUUCUCAACUCGGUGCCCAUCGAUGAAUUGCGUUGUAAUUCGUCUAUAGCGAGUUCCAAAUUAUUAGAGUUAAGCAAGAAAAAUCGCUUGCUGCGAGCCGAACUGGAAAGCACCAAGAAUAAAGUUAACAAAAAAGAGUUGCAAAUCCAAAAGCUGGAGCGAGACUUAAAACUUCUCGAGGAUAAGCUGCACAAAGGAACCACUGAAACUCCAAAGGAGCCGUCAGAUGAGUUGCGGGUUAAAUUGAACUCUAUUCAGCAGAAGCUCUUCGAGACACGCAAUAAAAAUACCGAAUUACAAAACCAACUGAAACUCGCACAAAAGUGUCUGCAGCAGGAAAUCGGAGAGAACUUUAACUUGGCUACAAUGGCGUCGCAGACACAGAACUCCAACUGGCGCGGACGCGCCCAGCAAAUCAUACAUCUACAGCAGAAAGUUCACGAAUUAAAAGAGCGCCUGGAAAUCGUAGACAGGCAGUACGCGGAGGAUAGUCCCAUCACCUUUGCCACCGAUGAUGUUCCGCAUGCUGAUUUGACAGCCUCACACACAGCAAAGAGCGGUGCACGAUCGGCGGGUGGACACGCGGAAGCAAACGUUGCGUCGAAUGUCAGCGCCACCUCCUUCGAUCGCUACAACACAGUCGUGCGAAAAACCGAGAUAUUGCAUCGCGCCAAGGUGGAGGGUCUAGAGAAAGAGAUUGCUUCACUUAAAGCGCAACUAGAAGAGCAGCGAGGCAAGGUGUUGGCACUGAAAGUGCGAAACAAGACGCUCAACGACGAAGUCUUGAAGUACAAAGUAAAAGCGAGUUCCCUGGAAGAACAAACCGAUUAUAACGGCUUGAAUCUGGCGAAUAUGAAUGAGAAAAUGAAUGUGCAGCGCUACCACUAUGAAAGCCGUUUGGAAGAGAUGGCGAGACAGCUAAACGACCUGAAGCGCAUACAUAAGGACGGUGCCUUUCGUGAGGAGGAAUUGCGACUGAAAUUGGAAAACAUGGACAAUUUGUUACAAAGCAAAGAAACACACAUCGAAGACUUGAAUCAGACAAUAACGCGUUUGGAAACUGAUCUGAAAGCCUUGUCUGGAGGUUUUCUGUUCUCAUGCCGCGAACUACGCAAGGAAGAAUUCAUAACUAUACUCGACUCGUUGGAAGCCGAGAAGAAUGAACUGCUUAAACAUAACAAAACACUCGUUGAACGCAGCGAGCAGGAUCGUGCAAAGAACGACGCAUUGCACGAACAGCUGGCCAAACAGAAGGUGCGCCUUUCGCGCAUGGAAGCGCGUAUGCGUGAGCUGGAGAAGGAACUUGAGCUACAAUCCGAACGGAAGAAGCGCUCGCAACGCAUCGCGGACUACGUGAGCAGUGUGAAUUCAACCGCAUCGAUGGGCACUUUCGUUUUUGAGAAUACUUCGCAAAAUGCUUUAUCACAAAGGGCCAUCGAUGAGUUCACACCCGCACAGGUGUACCAAAUGAAGCAUGAGCUCGAAUAUGCCCAGGAAAAGUUAGCAUACAUGAGCGAGAAGCUGGCGCAUCUGCAGGAGGAAAAGGAGAACGACGCGCGCUCUUUUGCGGAGAUUAUCAACAGCUCCAAAGGUGUCGUGCUCGAGACAAUAUUGGGCAAUCGCAGCAAUGCUUCGCUGUCCGUGGAGAUCAGCACUGGCACAUCGGUGUAGCUUCAGCUCCAGCUAGUGAGGAGCGAUGGCUUAUGCAAAAAUCUUUACCAUCUCCAACUCGAAAUUGUGUAAAAUUUUGUUCGUAGUGCUUCCAUAAUUCAGUUUCUUCCGACCAGCUGAGGGAAACCGCUGUUCCUUGCAGGCAGCGCCAUUUUAUUAUGCAAAUAUGCGAACAACUUUUUUGGCAUAUUUUCACAUUCAAAUUACUAGUAACGUGGCUUUUGAUAAAUAAAACAAAUAUUUCAAGUUUUAUUGAACUUAUUUUUAUUUAUGUUUUAUUGCUAUUUCAAUUAUUUUUACGCACCCUACGUUUGGAAAAUUUACUAAUUUUUGUUCGAUACUGUUGCGAUCUUCGUUUUCGAAGUUUUAUAUAUGAUUUAACUCAGUUACAUUUAAUGUUGCAUGUAUUGUGAUCUUUAGUUGAAUACUUUUUGUAGUUCGUGGUAAGUGAAAAACUCACUGUUUGGAAAUAUUUAGUUUAGUAUUGAAUAGUUCGUUUUCGCAUUAUGCUUUUACUUUUAGGAUGUACUAUUAGUUUAUACUUAGAUAUAUAUUUGUUUUCAGAAAGACUAAGACAAGACUAAAAAAUUUUGAAAACUUUGCUUUUAUUUGACUUAAAAAGUUUUUAGUUUUUUUUAGUUUUUAAUUAUAAUUUAUUUAUUUGGCAAUCAUUCGAAAAUAUGAGGAUCAAAGAUUAAAUAAAAUAA